AUGGGAGAGACAAGCCGGAGGAAAACGGGUCCGCCGCCGCCUGAACUACUACCAGUAGACGCAAUCCAGUUUCUCACCGACAGGCCGAAAAGCCCUGCUGGUGAUCCAAUAGCGGUUGAAGCCAAGAAAGUGCCCCCUGAAAAUGCCACCAGCGGCGGGCCUGUGGAGACGCUGCAGGUACGAGUGCCUCUUGGCAGAUACUACAGAUGGUUCCUGCAGACGGCCCACUCCACUGCUGCUAGCUCGCAGAGCAACCGUCGCACGCGAGCUGAUGCGCGCCGCGGCUCUAUUUUCUGCACCGGUGACUGCAGGCGGAGCUGGCAGAACGGUGUUGAAAGACAGUCAAGCUGUCUUUUGGAUCCGUCGGCGGCGGCGUGUGUUGUCGUCUGCUCUACUGGGAUGAGCCAAUAUCCUCUUGGACAAGGCCCAGGAACAAGGCCCAGGAACUGCUGCGACUACUAG